AUGAAGCCGCGGAGGUUCGGCUACGGCUACGGCUACGGCCGGGGCAGGCGCGCGGCGGCGCUGCUCCUGCUGCUGCUCUGCCUCUGCCUCAGCAGCAUGUUCCUCUUGCUUCUCCAUAGCUCCUCCGCGCCGCUGGAGCCCGCGGCGGAGGAGAAGGCGGCGGGAGUGGCCGAGGCGCAGGCGGAGGUGGAGGAGGCGCCGCUGCCGCCGGGGAACUCCAAGGUCGCCUUCCUCUUCAUCGCGCGCAACCGCCUCCCGCUCGAACUCGUCUGGGAUGCCUUCUUCCGCAGUGACAAGGAGGGGAGGUUCUCCAUCCUCGUGCACUCGCGGCCGGGCUUCGUGCUCACGCGAGCCACUACCCGGUCCCGAUUCUUCUACAACCGUCAGGUCAACGACAGCAUCCAGGUGGAUUGGGGGGAGGCAAGCAUGAUCACGGCGGAGCGCAUUCUGCUCAGCCAUGCUCUUAAGGAUCCGCUCAAUGACCGCUUUGUUUUUGUCUCCGACAGCUGUGUACCAUUGUACAAUUUCAGCUACACUUAUGACUACAUAAUGUCAUCAUCAACCAGCUUUGUAGACAGUUUUGCUGAUACAAAGGCAGGGAGAUACAACCCAAGAAUGGACCCAGUUAUCCCAGUGGAGAAUUGGAGAAAAGGCUCACAGUGGGCUGUGCUAAUUAAAAAGCAUGCUGAGGUUGUGGUUGAUGAUGAAGUGGUGUUACCAGAAUUCCAGAAGCAUUGCAGGAGGAGACCCUUGCCAGAGUUCUGGCGGGAUUGGGAUCGUCCUAUUCCUGCAGAGGCAUGGAAAGCCCAUAACUGCAUACCAGAUGAGCACUAUGUUCAGACGUUGCUUGCUCAAAGUGGUCUAGAAGAAGAACUUACACGGCGAUCAGUAACACAUAGUGCAUGGGAUCUUUCAGCUUCUAAAGAUCGUGAAAGACGUGGGUGGCAUCCUGUAACAUAUAAAGUGUCUGAUGCUACUCCUAGACUUAUCAAAUCUAUAAAGGAUAUCGAUAAUAUAUAUUAUGAGACUGAAAAUAGGAGGGAGUGGUGUACAAGUAAUGGAAAGCCAGCACCCUGCUUCCUUUUUGCUAGGAAGUUUACACGUGGAGCGGGUCUCAAGCUUCUUGAUUCAGUUUUUGCGUGUCGGUGCCAGGCCAUCGUCAAUCCAACAUGGAAACAUAAUCAAAGAGAGUUGCUGACAUGUUACGAGCAUGCCCGUCAUGAACAGUCGAACAGAUCACCCAUUUCACGCGAAGAAAGCAUCAAAUCCUUGAUACAUGAGCUUGCUGAAGAACUGGUUCUGUCACGUGUCCAGCCAUAUUCGCCCGGUGUUCCUGCACCAAUUCCAUCUGCCUGCUAUUUUGCUUCUCAUAUGGACAUAUGUGAUCCCUGGUCCCACCACAUCGCGUCGUGA